AUGCAUUGGACUGCCAUUGAAUCCACUACGGCGACCAAGGCCCGAUGUGGUAGCUUGCGUAUCUUUAAACGGGGAGUUCUCGUGAAUACUCCAUGCACUCUUAACUAUACUCGUCAAGGCGCAAUACCUCACAUUGUUGACCCAUCCACUACAUUGCCUGUUACUUCUUCAACUCCAAUUGCGCUCAACAUUGCACUGGAACAUUUUGCUGAUUCCGCAGAAACUACUGAGACCCAGUGCAGCAGAUCUCAAUCCAGUCAUGCCUUUGAUGCAGAUUUACCAAAGAAACCUCUAGCUAGCGACUCGUCUUUAUCUCGUCUUGGCCUAAAUAUUCCAUCGCAUAUUUUGGUUGCAACUCCACAUGAUAUGGUUCGACUAACUACUCUGGCACAUGGUCGAUGGAUCACCUCUACUAAAACAAGUAUUUCUAUGCUUGCAAAUGGAAAUAUUGAGUUGGGGAUAACACCAAAAACAUUUAUGGAACUUGUUAAUUCGAUUCAGCCUGAUAUUGCCAUUUGCAUUGCUGAUCCUGGUUUGGUCCUGUAUUCUGCCAAUUCUGGUGAUAAAGCGAAUGUAUCUGCUGCUAUAAAUACCAAACGGCAGCGUGUGCAAGCAAAUGCAGACACGAUCAUUGGCACAAAUUCAAGUGCUGGUCAAGAUGACGACGCAGCUCACCAAGAAAUCCGGAGAAAAAAGCUAUUGCGAAAACAAUCUGAUCGCAAUCUGACCUUUUUAAAGUCUGUUGCUCAGAUUCUUGCAACACCUGAUCCAAACAGUGGUUCAUACUUUGAUUCAGUUACUACUAUCUCCACUACACACAAAACUACAGUAGCCGAAUCAUCACCUCCUCCAUGUCAAGAUAGAGUAGCCAUGUUUGCCCAUCUAUGUGGUGGAAUAGAUCUAGAAGAGCGAUUGUUUUAUUCUACUCAGGUUGCACAGUAUUUUAUUAACCCUGAUGUCACUAUAAGUGGUGUUGCAGUCACUUUACCUUCUCAAGAAGUACGCAAAGCAUCUGGAUGUGUAAUCACGGCUUUUCUUGACGCAUCUCUUGGCUCCAUACCUUUUCAUGUUCCAGUGAUUGCACUAGGAGUAUCUAGUAUACAGGAUUUGGUUUCUUGUGUUGCGUCAGGUGUCGACAUGAUUGAUAAUUCUUGGAUAUAUACUCUGACGCAAAAGGGCAUAGCUUUGGUUGCUUCCUUUAGAUCACAAGUAAAUCCUGUUUCAAAAGACCAAUCAUUGGAUAUAGUGGUAGAACACAGUUUAUCCAAGACACCUUGCAUGCCAUCAACUCACAUAUCUGAUGCUACAGAUAACAUGCCUUCAAAACAAAAUGACUUGGAUAUUGGACAAUCUCAUCUCAAUGAAGUUCUGAUGGAUUUAUCACCACAAACUGCUUUGAAAUCUCAAACUAAACGAUCGCGUAUGCAAUUCCAACCAGCAGUAGCAGCAGUUGUAGAUGCUUUAGUAGCUUCGGAAAGUGUUGAUUAUGUUCAUGAAACGGAUGUUCCAGCCAUUGCUGUUAUUGAAAAAGACACCGAGGAACUUGAGUCGAUUGCUCGACCACUUUCGCACUUACAGACGGACAUGGACCCUAUUGAUGCUUUAUGUGGAUGUUGGACUUGCAAACAACCUUACUCUAAAGCAUAUAUUCGUCAUCUUCUUGUGGUGAAUGACAUGCUAGCCUAUGUGUUGCUUAUGCACCAUAAUAUGUGGCAAUUUGAAUCGUUUGUUGGAGAAAUGCGCGAGUGUGUAUCAGAUGGAUCAUUUGAAAAGUAUGCAACUCGGUUUUUAUCGCCGUAUUCACAUAAAAUGGAACACUAA